AUGAAGUUCGUUGCAGAAAAUAGUCCUAAACAUGAGAGUGUAAUUUCUCCAACGGCAGUGUCAAGUCGACCGGAAGUUUGCGCGUAUUCUGGAUGUGUUCGCGGAAAGCAUGAAAGUGGACGAAUUAAGCCGUAUGAUGCUUUCUACGGAAUUCCUUAUGCUGAGCCUCCAGUGGGAAAAUUGAGACUAGAGAAUCCAGUUCCCUUCAAGGGAUGGAAAGGAUAUUGGGAUGCCACGUAUCCACGUGACGCUUGCUACCAAAGGAACUAUUACUUGCCAGAAAAGCCUAUUACUGGAUCCGAAGAUUGCUUGUAUCUGAAUGUUUAUCGGCCAGAUACAGCAAAUACUAAGAAAAAACUGCCUGUAGCGGUUUACAUUCAUGGCGGAGCCUUUACCUCCUUCUCGUCUAAUCCCGGAACUUUGGGACCUGAAUAUUUCAUGGACAACGGAGAAGUGAUUCUUGUGACUUUGAACUAUCGAUUGGGUCUUCUCGGCUUUCUGUGUUCAGAAAAUGAAGCAGUGCAAGGAAACUUUGGAUUGAAGGAUCAGCAACUUGCUCUUGAAUGGGUGGCGAAGAACAUUGAAUCAUUUGGUGGCGAUGCAAAUGCUGUAACUGUCAUUGGAUUAGGUGUUGGAGGUGUUUCAACUCAGCUGCAUAUGAUGAAUUCAAAGUCUCAGGGUAAUUAG